AGCUCUGAGAUGGAAGCGUGUGAAGCCAGAUGAGACUACAAUUCCCAGCAGGCGUAGCGGGAGCGGGGUGCCCAGGCGCAGACCAGACUUUGGCGCGAGGCCCCGAGCGGGACUUCUGGGAGACGAAAAUGACUGCACGGGCGUUACGGCUAGCCACCGGCAAGCUACUGGAGCUGCCGGCGGCACUGGGGCGCUUGAACCGAGCUUGCCGCACGUUCCAAACCUUCGCGGAAGUUCUCAGGCUGCCUACGAGACAAAUGAUGAAGCUCGCGUUCCCACUACAGGAACUCCAGCGGCAGCUCACACCAGACUCGAGGUUGCACCUUCAUGUGAAGACCUUCGACCCGAGCCUGGAGGACAUCUCCAAGGCGGAGAGCGUCUUCAUGACCACCGGCCGCAACCGUAUCGAGUACGUCAGCUCCGCUGUGCGACUCGACCAUGCCCCGGACCUCUCCCACCCUGAGGUGUGUUUUAUAGGCAGAAGCAAUGUUGGAAAAUCCUCUCUAAUAAAAGCCUUAUUUUCACUGGCCCCAGAGGUUGAAGUCAGAGUCUCCAAGAAACCGGGACACACAAAGAAAAUGAAUUUUUUCAAAGUUGGAAAAUAUUUUACGGUGGUGGACAUGCCUGGUUAUGGCUAUAGAGCUCCUGAAGAUUUUGUUGAUAUGGUAGAGACCUAUCUGAAAGAACGAAGGAAUUUGAUGAGAACAUUUUUGUUAGUGGAUAGUGUUGUCGGAAUUCAAAAAACUGACAGUAUUGCCAUAGGAAUGUGUGAAGAAUUUGCAUUACCUUAUGUGAUGGUAUUAACAAAAAUUGACAAAUCUUCCAAGGGACAUCUUUUAAAACAAGUACUUCAGAUCCAGAAAUUUGUUGACAGUGAAACACAAGGAUGUUUUCCUCAGUUGUUUCCUGUAAGGAAGACGUUUAUCGCUGCCAGACGGCUUGAAAUGGGACUUGCAGGAUGGGAAGGCCUUUACCAGGCAGAGAUGGAGGAGCUGGGCAUUCUAAACAUACAGGACCAGGUAAGCAAAAGUCAGGUGAAAGAACGAUGUGGUGAGCAGCAAGAUUUGUAAAGAGUUCAAGUUGCCUGGAAUAUAAGAUAUAUGAAGGUAAGAGAGAAGCCUGAGCUAAGGAAAACUGAAAAAGCCAGAUCCUGGAGGAUCUUGUAAGCCAAGCUAAGAAGUUUCAUCUUUAUUCAGAAGACAAUGGAGAACAAUUAAAAAAAUCAAAGCCGUGUUUUAGGAUGAUUAACCUGGCUUUGGCAUAUAGAAUAUGCAAGAGUAUAGGAAAGACUGGAGUUGAGGAAAGAUCAAUUAGGAUAGCAAGACAACUAAAAGUUGACAAGUUCUGAAGAAAGAAGAUGCAGCCAGAACUAAAAGGGUCUAGAUGCAGAGAAAGUUUUGAUCAAUUGACUGAAUGGGAGAGCUACAUAAAAGGAAGAAGCAGAGAAAAGAGAACACCAAAUUUUUUUGAUUAGAUAAUUAUUCAUAGCUUGGAAGCCAGGAAGAAAAAUAGGUUCAUUCUGAUAUGUUCAACUUGAAAUACAUUCCAGUUUGGUUUUGAAGUAAAAGACUCAUAAGGAAAUAAAAAGCUGCCCCAGCAAAGAAAACUUAGGCAAAGACCACGCUCCCAGAUCUUUGAUGAAGAAAUCUCCAUUCUUUUUGCCUUAAGUAAUGGGAGUAGAAAAUUAACCAGCAGGCACAAAUCUGUAAAGUUAGAGAAUAUGUCUGUUUCACCUCUGUAUACUGAGCACCAUGCAUAGUGCCUGGCACAUAGAAAGUUACGAAAAAUACCUGCAGAAUUAGUAAGGUGAAUGAAUUUAU